UCCCUGCUCGGGACAUAGCAGCAAUGUGAAAACCACUCACGGAGAAGCCCUGCAAACUUUACUGAAGCCUUGAGACCAAAAGCCGCUCUUUUCCUCCUUUCAUCUCCCAAGUCAAUUCCACAUAUGUUGGCCUGGCCAUGCAGCCUGCGGGAGAGCUGUGCAGUUUAGAACAGGCCAGGAAUGGACAGAGUUAGAGCUGUUCACAUCAAGAAGCAGCGGUAGAGGCUCUGGAGAGAGGAACAGCUGGCAGAGGCCAUCCAGGCUGCCUCUUUGGUUUGGUUUUGCAAAUACUAGCCAUUAAAGCAUCCGUUCCUCUUUGGCCACAAUGACGGCUUGUGGCUUAUGGGACUGGUGGGCUGUGAUGGGCUGCGGGGUUUUUCUGCUGGUCCACGGGCAGCAGCCACAGAGCAGCAACACAGACGGCAACCGGUGGAGGCAGAUGAUCCAGUGGGAGAACAAUGGCAGGGUGUACAGCCUCUUGAACACAGGGUCUGAGUAUGUGCCCGCUGGCCAGGAGCCGGCGGAUGGCAGCACCAGGGUCCUGCUAGCCGACACCCCGAGGAGCCAAAGCAGAAGGGGACAGGGGAACCUCAGGAGGCAAGCGCCAACCUUGCCAGUCAGGGCGGGCUCAGACACCAUCCGGGGCCAGACGCGGCAUCCAUUCGGCUUUGGCCAAGUCCCGGAGAACUGGCGUGAAGGGCCCGUCGGAGACAGCACCAGCUCCCAACGGAUCAGGCCAUCCACCAGCUGGCAACGACAGACCAGCUCCUCUGCUGCUGCCGUCGCCGCCUCUUCUUCGUUCUCACACUCCUCCUUUGGGCAGCCCUCCUACUCACAGUUCCCCUUCCCCCAUCCCCCUUUUGGGAACCAGCAUGAGCCCUAUGAUGCCCAGGUGUCUCGGAGCUAUGACGAAGGCUACCUAUACUACCGAAGCACAGGAAACGGAGGGGGUGCUGUUGCAUCAGCUGCUGCUGGUGUCGGUGUCCUAUACCCCUUCCAGUCCAGGGCACAGCAUGAGGAGUAUGGGGAGGACCAGAAUCCCUACCGAGCCCAAGGCUACUAUCCUGCUCCAGAGAGGCCCUAUGUGGCAGUGCCCCCACAGCCCCAGCCCGCUGAUGGGCUGGAUAGGAGGUACUCCCACAGCUUGUAUCAUGACACUGGUGCCACCGCAGAGCAAGGCUUCCAAGAGCCUUAUUCGGCAGCUCAGAACCAGCAGCCAAUGGGACAACGGGUCCCCGCUAUGGACAACUUACAGCUCAGCCCAAGGUCCCCUUUGGGGGCCAGCCCCGGGUAUGGAACUGACCCACGAUUGGGGCAAUACCCCCCUUAUGGUAAUGUGCCACUGGAGCCCUAUGUCCCGCCCCACAACGUGGAACCCCAGCCACCUUUCCGGAGCUUGGAUCCCUAUGGGUCUCCACGACCCGAACCCUACCUUCCUGUGAGGAGCCCGGAAGCCCCACAAGUGAUAUCUGACAACCAAGCCCGGGUCAGCGUGGGCAGUGUUUACAGACCCCCUCAGAAUGGACGGGGCCUCCCUGACUUAGUACCUGAUCCAAACUAUGUCCAGGCCUCCACCUACAUCCAGAGAGCUCACCUCUAUUCUCUUCGCUGUGCUGCUGAGGAAAAGUGCCUCGCCAGCACUGCCUACACCCCCGAGGCCACCGACUAUGACAUCCGGGUGCUGCUGAGGUUCCCGCAGCGGGUGAAGAACCAGGGCACAGCAGAUUUCCUGCCCAACCGCCCCCGCCACAACUGGGAGUGGCACAGCUGCCACCAGCACUACCACAGCAUGGACGAGUUCAGCCACUACGACCUGCUGGAUGCGCCCACGGGGAGGAAGGUGGCCGAGGGCCACAAGGCUAGCUUCUGUCUGGAGGAUACCACCUGCGACUUUGGGAACCUGAAGCGCUAUGCCUGCACUUCACAUACCCAGGGCUUGAGUCCCGGUUGCUAUGACACCUACAAUGCUGACAUCGAUUGCCAAUGGAUUGACAUAACAGACAUUCAGCCUGGAAAUUACAUCCUAAAGGUUCAAGUGAACCCCAAGUACAUGGUGCUGGAGUCAGACUUCACAAACAAUGUUGUGAGGUGCAAUAUUCACUAUACUGGACGCUACGUUGCCACUACAAACUGCAAAAUUGCCCAGUCUUGAUCCAAACAGGGAGGGACGCAUGACACCUGACCCCACCUCCCAACCCAAAUUCAACACUUUCAAGAUGGUGCUUGAGAUGUCCGCUUCUGGGGUGCAUGAUACAGUGGGGUAUAAAACGUUUCUCCAUUCCAGUAGCCCCUAGAAACCAAAAAAGUAUUUCUCAAUUUUAAGAACAUGAGGGAAAUGAGUGAUUAUUUUAAAUAUUUUUAUACUUUUCUUCAAUCUUGGGGCUUUUCUCUGUUUCCAAGUGGAGUUUGCUGAUGAUUUAGGUUAAAUAAAACAAAGGUUAUUACUGUACCAGGCACUACCAGUAUCUGCAGAUUACAUGCUAUAUCGGUAGAUAGCUCUAUAGUCUAAACUGUGCCCAGCUGUACAAUAUGGGGCUGUAUUUUUGUGCAGGCUUGCUAGUGACGUUACAAAUCCUAGUCCCCAGCCUCACAGUAAGAAUACAGCUGUGAUCUGGGUGUAUUUUAUUAUUUAUAAUCUGACACCAAUGCACCCCAAAUAGGAACUAAGGUGAAAAGUUUCAAAUGCGACUUCUGGUUUUGUCUAUGUUCUUGAGUGCUCAGUCUAAGACUUCUUGGGUCUGAUUGUCAGAGGUACUGAGCACCUGCAGUUCCCAUUGCCUUCAGCUGGAAUAGUGGGUAUUCAGGGCUUCUGAAAUCAAGCCCAAAUUGUUCUGCUUUAGGAUACCUAACAUUUAGCCAAAUCUCUAGGGCUAAAAUCUGCUCUCAGUAACUGUAAUGUUAAUAAAAAGUUAUUUUAUUA